AUGGCCGAAACAGCACCUCGAAAAGUCGUGAUUGUGGGCGGAGGAGUUGCGGGAAUCUCUCUGGCACACUAUCUGCUACGACACACUCUGCCAGAUCUGACUGAACGUAUUGGGGAAUUAUACCAUCUCACACUGGUUUCACCGUCAUCGCAUUUCUACUGGAAAGUGGCCGCGCCACGAGCAUUGGUGGACACGAACCAAGCCCCCACACCCUUUGUUGCAAUCGCAGAUGGAUUCCAGGAGUAUCCCUCAUCACAAUUUACCUUUCUCCAGGCAGAGGCAACUCACCUCAAUGAGAAGGCUCGAAUUCUUCAUGUUCGAUCGCCGAAGACCAACGAAAUCGUCCCAGUGGAAUAUCUUUCCCUUGUCGUUACCACAGGGACGACCUCUCACAGUCCCUUGUUCUCCCUAGCAGGCCCGCAUACCCAGACCCAGCACGCGCUUGGACAGAUGCAGAUUCGCUUACGCGACGCUAAAUCCAUCCUGGUGGCGGGUGGAGGGCCGACGGGCGUUGAAACAGCAGGGGAGCUCGGGGCGAUGAGCGAUUACUGGCCCGGCCCAAAGAAAUCCAUCACCCUGCUAUCGAGGAAUGAUCGCCUGCUUUCCCAUGCCAGCCCCGGAAGCUCUGCGACAGCCGAGCACAUGCUUGCGCAAUUGGGGGUCACAGUCAACCAUGCAGUUCGCAUCACAUCAGCAGUUCAGCAGGAGGGUCAAUCCUCUUGGGAGAUAACGCUAAGCGAUUACUCCACCCGAGCAGUUGAUGUCUACAUUGAUGCGACGGGCAGCAUCCCCAAUACUGCAUUCUUGCCGUUGGCGUGGCUCGAUGCCAAGGGCUACGUCAAGACCGACAGGUUUAGCCUACGUGUCGAAGACACAGUCGGGGUCUACUCCAUGGGAUCAGUUACUUCUUUCACUAAUGGGAGCUUCUUCGACGCCAUCGAGCCUGUUCGGCCCCUCGCUGAUAGUUUUCGGGACGACCAUUUGGCGAUGAACCCCGAUGCAUCCCGUCAAAGUCAGUCCUGGUGGGAGAGUCUGUUUGGUCGUCGGACGAGAACCUAUCAGCAAAAAACCUCACUAACGCAGUUUGUUGCUGUGGGGAGAAAUGGUGGCGUCGGGGAACUCGGGGGAUGGCGAGUACCAAGUGCGUUGGUGUACAAGGCUAAGGCAAAGACAUUGAUGGUAGAGAAGAUGAGCCCGAUUGUGUACGGGCAGGAUUUCCAUCAGGCUUAG